AUGGCAUUAUCUACAAAAUAUAAUCCAUUAGUGGUAAUGAGUUACUCAAUAGUAUAUAAUACUUUAUUACUGACAUGUAUCAUCAGGCUUACACAUUCGCAAACAGUAUUUAUUCCUGAAUUACCAGAAUUCAUAGAGAAGACAAAAAUAAAUGAAUCUUCCAUGAAAGGACUGCUGGUCGACUUAUUAACGGUUGAUAAUCCAUCACAAGUUCAGUAUUCAAUUCAGAGUAUACCGAUUGGACCAAAUGUUUCAUUUAGAAAUGCGGAAUAUUGUGUCAGCAUGCUUUUAACCAACAAUCAAAGUUUAUGCCUUUUUCAAUUCUCAUCUGAUAUUCUAAUGAACAUGGAAAAUAGCUUUACAACCACCAAUGUGAAUAAUAAACAGAUCUAUUCUACAUUGCCUUAUAUAACUAGAUCAUUUUCUCAAUUUAAACCGGUGCUAAUGGUAAAAUGUUUGAAAAAUAAUUGUUCAAGUGAAAUAAAUUCAUCAUUUUUAAACGGAAUGUACUUUUUGUACACAUUUCAUUCAUCUAUAUGGUCAUUAAUUCUAUUAUAUGCAUUAACAACUGGUUCAUUGUUAUUUAUGUUCGAGUAUACAAGACCGUCAUGUGAGAAAUAUACAAAAAUUUCACCUUCAAAUGAAUCAAGUUUAAAUUUAUGGGAUUCAUUUCAUUAUGUUUUUAUGGGAUUAUUUUUACAAUCUAUAAACAAAUUACCAAAAUCAUGGGGCGGAAUAACAAUCACUUUAUUCUGGCAUGCAUUUUGUUUAAUUUGCAUUAUUGCCUAUGCAUUGGGUACAUCAGUGUUAAUUUUCAAACAGUAUAAUGACAAUAAUUUGAAAUACCAUCCUUAUUUCGACAGUCGAAAUCACACCAUCUAUUGCAAUUUAAAUCCGAAAUUAUGCAAUUAUUUUGAAGAAAAGUUCUCUUAUCCAAUGAAAUUGUUUAAUAUGGAACUUCUACCAGAGGAGAUCAAUACAUCAAUGAUAAUUUUAACAGAUCAUAUUCACGGUCAGUAUCUACAAUCAUUAAAAUAUCGGAAUACUGACUGGAAUUAUAUUAAGUUAGAUUGUGGUACUGAAAAUGAAAAAGAGGAUAAUGAAAAGUUCCAAGACAUGCCUUUAACAGAAUUGGGAUUUUUAACAUUCAGUCAAAAAUCACUUCGGGAAAUGAAUGUAUACCUAAAAUACUUGGAAGAUUCUGGAAAACUCUACAGUAUACAACAUAAUAAAGAACGUGUGUUCGACUUUACGACAAAACUUCAAAUUCAUAACAAUUUAUGCAUAACAACAGAAGACAGAAAUCCGAAAAUCCCAAUACGUUUAAAACAAAUGAACGGACCAUUAUUAUUUAUGAUAAUUGGCGGCUUCUGUUCUAUUAUUACUCAUAUUAGUGAACACAUUUAUUAUAUUGUUAUGAAUCGAUAG